AUAUGGCCGACUGGAACUGGAACCGGUCGGUUUGUGUUUUGAUGGUUAAUUUUAAUUGAAUUAAAUUUUUAAAUAGUUAUAGAAUUAACGAUUAUUCUCGUGACUGGUAAACAGUAUUGAUUAUAUUUUUAACUAAAUAUGGAAGCUCUUAUACCAGUUAUAAACAAAUUACAAGAUGUAUUCAAUACUGUCGGGGCUGAUGCCAUUCAGUUGCCUCAAAUAGUAGUUUUAGGAACGCAGAGCUCCGGAAAAAGCUCUGUUAUAGAGAGUUUGGUGGGACGUUCCUUUCUACCCCGUGGUCCGGGAAUCGUGACCCGACGACCACUAAUCCUACAAUUAGUGUAUAGCCCGAAAGACAGCAAGGAGCAUCGUUCAGCUGAAGAAGGUACAGUGAAUUUAGAAGAAUGGGGCAAAUUCCUGCACACAAAAGACAAGAUAUACAGCGACUUCGAUCAGAUUCGUCAGGAAAUCGAGCGAGAGACGGAUCGCAUGGCCGGCAGCAACAAGGGCAUCUGUCCAGAGCCAAUCAAUCUCAAAAUAUACUCUACCAAAGUUGUCAAUCUCACACUAGUUGAUCUUCCUGGUAUUACAAAGGUUCCCAUUGGUGAUCAACCUGAGGAUAUUGAAAAUCAAAUAAGGAAUCUAAUAAUUAAACACAUAGCAAAUCCAAAUUCGAUAAUCCUUGCGGUGACAGCCGCUAACACCGAUAUGGCGACCAGUGAAGCUAUAAAGAUGGCAAAGGAGGUAGAUCCUGAUGGCAGGAGGACGUUGGCUGUUGUUACCAAGCUGGAUCUCAUGGAUGCUGGGACUGACGCCAUUGAUAUUCUGUGCGGUCGUGUGAUCCCUGUCAAGUUGGGCAUCAUCGGUGUUGUCAACCGCUCGCAGCAAGACAUCAUCGAUAACAAGACUAUUUUGGACGCGUUAAAGGAUGAAGCGACCUACCUACAGCGGAAGUACCCCACCAUAGCAACGCGGAACGGUACCCCGUAUUUAGCAAAGACCUUGAACAGGCUGCUCAUGCACCAUAUAAGGGACUGCCUGCCCGAGCUCAAGGUCCGCGUUAAUGUGAUGAUAUCACAAUUCCAAUCAUUACUGAACUCAUACGGCGAGGAUGUCUCUGACAAGUCACAGACUCUGUUACAAAUUAUAACAAAGUUCGCAAGUGCAUAUUGCUCUACGAUAGAAGGCACAGCUAGGAAUAUUGAAACAACAGAAUUGUGCGGUGGUGCCAGGAUCUGCUAUAUAUUCCAUGAGACAUUUGGAAGGACUUUGGACUCUAUACAUCCAUUAGUUGGAUUAACAAGAAUGGACAUUCUAACUGCGAUUCGUAACGCAACCGGACCUCGACCUGCUUUAUUUGUUCCUGAAGUCUCCUUUGAGUUACUUGUCAAAAGACAAAUUAGAAGACUGGAAGAUCCUUCACUUCGGUGUGUCGAAUUGGUACACGAAGAGAUGCAGCGUAUCGUGCAGCAUUGCGGCACAGAGGUGCAGCAAGAGAUGCUGCGCUUCCCGCGUCUGCACCAGCGCAUUGUUGACGUCGUCACUCAGCUGCUGCGCACGCGACUGCCCGCCACCAACUCUAUGGUUGAAAACUUAGUAGCCAUCGAGCUCGCCUACAUCAAUACUAAACAUCCCGACUUCCAUCGAGAAGCGGCGCUGGUCUCCGGUCUUCUGAAGAGCACGGAUGGUAUCAUAGAAGACCACAGUCCAGUAUACCGACAGAAGACACCGCGCCCCACCUCUACGGUACCAACCAUAUUCAAACAUGUGCCGGCCAUCACUGACGGCCACGAAAAUAGAUCACCCCCGCAAACCGCUAACAGUGAUUCACCCACAGGGGCACAGUUCAAUGGAUCUCCCGAGAACAAAGUGUUGACUCCACAAAAGCCUGUGAACUUGCUCCCCGAAGUGCCAAGUCAAACCUCCAGGAAGCUCUCUGAUAGGGAACAGCAUGACUGUGAUGUUAUCGGUGGACGGAGCGAGACCUCACCAAGCCAAAAGACUAAUGAAAAGACAUUAGAGGGCAUUGUGAUGAUGCAAUUGAACAGUAUGGGUGAUCUAGUCGAGAAAUUAAUAAAAUCGUACUUCUAUAUAGUACGUAAAUCGAUACAAGACUCAGUACCGAAAGCUGUGAUGCACUUCCUCGUGAACUACGUGCAAGACAACUUGCAGUCGGAGCUGGUGACGCACCUCUACAAGUCGGAUCAGGCCGAGAGUCUGCUGAAUGAGUCUGAACACAUCGCGCAGAGGAGGAAGGAAGCGGCAGAUAUGCUGAAGGCUCUCCAGCGCGCAGGUCAGAUUAUAAGCGAGAUACGAGAGACUCACAUGUGGUGAUAUUCAGAUGAAGAGGACUAGUCCUUGUAUUGGUUCAUUUGAGCGCAGUUUGAGAACCACGGCGCUAGGCAUUUCUACUUAUACUUUAUCCUAUAGGAUUGUAUAACAGACAAGUGUUAUUUUACAUAUAAUUAUGAACACUCGUGCGUUAUAAAAAUUAUUUGAAAAUAAUCAGAACAACACUAGUUUAAAAGAAAUUAU